ACUUCACCAGCGGACGUCGCGGAUGGAAGAGGUACUUGCGUCGAGGCGAGCCCGAUCGGUCGUUUUUCGUUGCCGACGGCGAGCAAGAUAAUGGUCGCCUCGACGCACAAUCAUGGUGAAUUAGCUCUAAAUCAACAACAGCAGCUUCACUACCAAGAUAAACAUCACAGUUACUACACCAUAAACAGUAACUAUAGUAACAAUAUUAGUAAUAGUAAUAACAAUUCUUAUUCAAACCAAAACCAUCAUCAGACUACUGUGUGUCGAAGUCAAUCAGCCCAGGACAAGCGCAGCCGGCUGUCUAACGUGAUAAACAAUUUGAAGAGGAAAGUACCUGAAUCAGCAGCCACCGGUGACUCAAAGAGCAAAACUCCUAAAGACAGUGAAGACCGCGACAGCGUCGAGAGAAAUCUCGAGACCCUAGAAAAAUACGUUAUGACUGUAUUAAAUGGAGUCAUCAAGGACGCGGAAACGGAGGGUCAACCUGGCAGCGGCGGAAUAAACCGAGUGAUUGACACCGAAGACUCCGCGAGGUUUAAAGCCCCUGUUGACACUCAUAAAGACCAGCCGAGAGAAAGAAUAAGUGCUGAUGAAGGCGGCCAAAGUGUUGUCGAGCCUGCCGUCCCAGAUGUUGAUCAGCAAGACAAAAAUGAUUUGUCUUUAUCCGGGACAAAAGAGGCGCAGAAAACUCCGACGGAGCAAAAAGAAGUUGAUACGAUCUCGAUAAACAGCGAAGGCAAUGAAGUAUCUGCUAAAGCCAAAGAUUUAAUAGUAUCGCCUUUGCCGUCUUCUUCCUCGUUGAAUUUUAGUGCAGAUGUUGCUGUUACUAAAACUAAGACUAAGACUAAGACCCUGGAUGUCAUUGACCAGGGCUCAGAUAGGCCAGAAACGAACGAGCAGCUAACAGGUGGUAAAUUUUGCAGCAAAUCAAACUUAGCACCUAGCGAGGACAUCGGGACAGUGUGUCGCGAUUUGCUGAAUGAUUUGCUGAGUGACAUAGUUCAGAAUGAUUCUCCUGAUAAUCCUGCGAAAUCCGUAGGGUUGUUUGGUCUUCACUGCAGUUUGCCGCUGGAAAAAGUAGCGCCUGUUUUAAAACUAUGCGAGUCUGAAUACACAGCUUCAUUGCAACUAUCUCCAAAGUUUUCUUCUUCUUCUUCAUCUUUAUCAUCAUCUUUUUCUUCUUCAACUUCAACGCCAAAACUAACGCCGUCGUCAUCUCCAACGUCAUCAAUUUCAAAGUCCAACUCCCCCGACGUUAAAUCGCCGCCAGUGAAACAUUUGUGCCUCUACUGCAACCGUACAUUUUCAUCAAUUUCGCUUCAACAACGUCACACAGAGCGAUUUCAUCAGCUUAAAGGGGAAAGACGCAGCGAGAGAAGUACUCGCAAGAGCGGUUCAAACUGCCUAUACUGCACCGAAAAACCUUUUAGUGUUCCUGGUGCAGAUACCUUGACGGAAUUGUUCGUCCACAUGGUUUUUCGCCAUCCAAACAAGUAUCAUGCUUGUCACUAUUGCUGCACCAGAUAUCUGAACCCCGAAGCUUUGAAAAUUCACUUUUUUAAUGUUCACAAGACUUCUAAAAUAAGUAAUACUGAAAUACACGAAGAGGAAUUGGAUGACGAAUUUUUUGAGAUUAUUCGUGUUAUCAUUGAUAAAUUACAGGGCAAUUCGCCUUCUCUAUCACAACUUCAACUCCUAUUUCAACUUAAACCUCAACAUCGACUUCAACCUCAAUCUCAACCUCAACCUCAACCUAAACCUCAACCUCAACCUACUACUUCCCAAUCUCAGUCUCCAUUACAGCAUCACCAAACGUUCCAUGAACCCGUCAGUCAAAUCCAGUGUCCCAUCGAUAUUUCUUUAACUGCAGCCACGCCUGUCGAUAGUAAAGAGUGCCCAGCAACCGACAAGUCUGAAAAUUCUAGCAAGUAUGCACAGAAACCCUGUAAAACUAGUUGGUUACACCCACGACGGGUAUCUUUUGAAAAGUACAAUUUCCCUCGGAAGUACGACGGAAAGGAACAGUGGAGUUAUUCGAUAAAGGACCUGAGCAAGUUCGACAUAUACACCCAGCUGACCUUAAGGAAGAAGCAGCAGAUAAUUGAGGAAAAAAGUUUGCAGAAUAGAUUGUCUAAUAGUUCUUCUCUAGAUAGGCAGACUGAUUUGAAGGAGAAGCCGAUGAUUGAGUCCACCGAUCUGGAUAAGGCGACACGCUUCGCUGAAGAUAAACCAGUAUCAGUAUCUGAUGCAUCAACUAUUGAUAGCAUCCCUAUUGAUACUAGUCCGGAUACUGGAUCAGUUACUGGAAGCGAUUUGCAUUCGGUUGCUAACAAUACGGAUAAUAAAAAAUCAAAUUCAGAUGCUACUGAGUUUUCUCAUGAGUUCAGUAGUUUUAUGAGAUUGAAGCGGUGGGACAAGUGUCCAGCUCCAGAGCCGGCCAAGAAAGAUGAAAUAGUGUAUGCAGAGCUCACGGGUGAAUGGUCAAAACCAAGGGUUUAUGUAUGCGGGGCUUGCUUUUCAAGAUACUUGACUUUAAAGGAGAUAGAAGAGCACAAAAUCCUCGCCCAUCCUCAUGUCUGGUGCUCCCACUUCGAGUUUUCUGGGGACCAGCGCGAGCUUUACAAGCAUUUGUUCUUACCUGGGCACAAUCUUUCUAAUUUGUCGAUUACUUCUUUGAAAGCCAAAGGAGCCGAGGAAAAAGUUUGCACCAAGUGCUCGAAACUCUGCUCAACUAUUGCGGAGCUUCAUAGACAUAUGCUGGAGUGCGGAGGGGACCAAUCCUGGUUGUCAGGGCUUUUUGGAAACGGAAGGAAAAAAGGCAAGUGGCGGCCCUUCGGAAGUAGAAGCCGGAGGCGAAGGCAACGGGGGAUGAAGAGAAAUAUACAGAAUUCCCAGACGACGAGGGUCAAUCAGCCCAGGGAGAAACAGCCCAGCGGACCGCGAGUUCGUCCGAGUGAUCAUGAGAGUAUCCAGAAAAUGUUGGCAAAUUUGCCACCCAAGCGAUCAACCCGCAGAGACGUACAGGAAACAGUCGAAGGACCACGAAAAGUACAGACAAGAUCGAAGCUCUCAGCUGAAUCAUCACGUCUAUCGAGCAAGACAAUGUUGCGAAACAAACUGCUGAAGAACGCAAAAUUAUUUCAACGUAAGCGUUGUCGCGGUGAUAAUAUUACCGCGGCGAUAGAGAGUGUUAUAAGUAAUUACAAGCCGACAGAUGCUGUAACCAAUCACCCUGAUAGUAAUAGUGAUAAUCAUAACAAAAAGUAUGAUAAUGACGGCGUGAAUGGUAGCAGCAGGUCCAGCGUUACCGGAUCUAAAGAAUUAAAAGAUACGGAAAAGUUGGAAAGUUCAACAGAGUAUCGUCGUACAUCCGUGGCUGGUAAAGUCGACAAGAAUUCCAAAUUAAAUAAUCGAUCGACCCAACGAGUAAGAGUCGUCAGCAAAAAGAAUAACGUUAAAAUGAAUUCAAGGCGUACAAAUUCGAGUAGUAUUAAAUCAACCGCCGCCUCGUCAAAUAUUAACAAGCAUCAGCAGCAAAUACAGACGGCUAAUCAAACAAACAAGAUUAAAGGUACAUUAAAAAGAUCCAAUGUUAAAACUACUGGCAACUCUUUGUUGACUCUUAAAAAUAGCAACAUCAAAUUACGCAAGCGAAAAACUGAAACCGCUGAAAAUUCAACUCCGUCAUCCGCAUCGACUAAAGCCAAAUCCCAGGUACGAAACCCAGAUGGUAAAUUUACUCGUACCUCUCCGCAAGGUGCAUCAUCUCGAGGAUCCUUUAGUGCAGAAGUUAUUUCGGAAAGUGCCGAUCGGGUGAAGCCCAAUGACUCCAGUUCAUCUCUUGUUACUCGAUCACGAGUAAAAACUAUUGCCGAUAACAGUAACAAACAACAGGGAGCUUAUACUGGCAAUGAAGAGUUGGGAAAAAGAGUUACAAGAUUGUCUUCCGACGACAAAAUGCCUACGCUGGAAGCCGACGGGCUGACGACUGUCGCCGCUACAGAAGUUCCUGAAAAAUCGACUGAUCUUCCAAUUUUAUCUCCGAUAAUUGAGUCGACUGGUCAACGCAAUCCACGUGCUAAAAAGCUCGGCUUUAAGUCGAAAAAUAGUAAAAGUGGAUUGCGGGAUGUUAUUAAGGACAAAGAUGAUGCGCUUAUAAAGAAACCGGGUGGUAGUUCUUUGGAAGAAACCAAGUUAACUGAAGACAACUCGGCUGACGUUAAGAAGAACUCAAAGGUUCCCGAUAAAAAAACUAAUGUAAACAGAGUUGAGUCGCGUAAAACGCGACAGGAACGUCGGGCGGGUUCAUUAGAAGAGCUUUCUAAUUUGCAAGAAGUUCCGCUGGAAGUUAAAAAACUUCUUGGUCCAACAGACGAUCUUUUUAGUCAGAUUGGUAUCGCUUCGCAGCCGGUUAAAGUUUUGACAGGUCGCGGUCGUGGUCGUGGUCGCGGUCGCGGUCGCCGUCGCCGUGGCCUUCAUCGUUUUAACGUGACUCAGAUUAGCAGCCGAGUAAUAACUCGUCAGAAUAAAAAUGAGGAGAGUGGCAAAAAUUGUGAGGAGCUAGUAGAUUUACCGAGCGAAGAUUUAACUGAUAACAAGAGUGCAACUAAAAAAGUUACGCUGAGUGAAAAGAAGAGUUGCGGUCAAGUAGAUAACAAUAGGAUAAAUUCUUCAGAAGAUACAAAUGAUAAAGUAGACGUUGAUGAUAAUAAUGAUGAUAAUGAUAAGCCGGCAUAUACGAUUGCGGUUACGAUUACUAAUAAUGAGAACAACUUACCAAAAAUAGAAUCGGCAAUCGGAAGAAGCUUAAGACCAAGAAAAUCGUCAAUUGAGGUAGAGUUAAGUUCAAUUAAAGCAUUUGAGUCAACCGCAGUCGGUUCACCGACGACAAUAGUCCCGGAGAAGAGAGUUAAUAAUAGCGACAAGGAGCCAGACAAUGAAGAUGAAGUAGGAGUAGCGGAACAACACGAAGGAGAACGAGAAAAAGAUGAAAAAUUUGCAGAGGAGGUUGGUAGUACUGCUGAUGAUAGUAAGAACGAGGAUGACUAUGAUGAAGACUACGAAGACAAUGAGCCUGAGGAGAUGAAGAAACUUGUGACGGCUGAUUUAGUGAGUCUAAGUUUCGAGCACCUUCAGCAAGAGUCGAGCAACUCCAACAUUGACAGUGGGAAAGAAAAUUCCUCGGAGACGGCUGUCAACGUUUCAAAGCCAAGAGUAUCAAGGCCUAAAAAAUCACGGGGCUUAAAACGUGAUCGCAUUGUCAAACGCACGUUAAAUAAUGUGAUUGGAAUUCUCACUGAAGGCGUUAAUAUUCCAGUUGAAGUUCAGCAGAGUGUUGUACUUACUGUCCAAACCUCCGUUGAUAAUAAUAUUAAUUUGAAUAAUAGUACCGGUAAUAACAAUAAUAACAGUGCUAAUACCAUUGGAAAUAACAAUUCAAACCCUGCCGCUAGUAGUAGUUCUAAUAGCAGCAAUAGUGCGCUGACUAUUCAAAAUAAUCGAACAGAAUUAGGUGAUGAUAAUAAUAAUCCUCCAGAUAAUGCCAAUGGCGUAGUGUCUAAUAGCACUGCUAAUGAAAGUAUCAUCGAUGAAGCUCGUGAUAUGAUUGAAUGUUCAGCUAAUGAUGGCAAGGAUGAAACAGCGAGCCAAGAAAUCCAACGGCACAUUAGUAGCUCUGAUAACAAUACGGUUUUGAAAGCCGAAAAUGUAAUUCCAAAAUCCAGUACAGCGACAGUAUCGACCACUGUUAAUGUUGAGCCGACGAAUGAUAUCAUUUUGGAUCUAUCAAGACGCAAGCCCAAGGGUAAGGGUUCUUUUUUAGAGAAAAUAGUUUCCAAGAUAGCGAAGAAAAAAGACGCAUUGCUCGAGGGUGAAGUUGGUUCAUUGCUCGAUCAUGCGGCUGAUGAGCUUAGUAUUAUUUUAGAUGAAGUUGGCCCUACUUUUGAGGCUAAUGAUCCGAAAACUAGUGCUACAACUUCAACUACAAAUACAAAUUCAACUAAUACCACAACUAUGGCUACUAGUUUAACCCCGGAAAGUACUUCAGGCACGAGUACGUCAGUUAAAUUGGAAGUUGAAAAAAGUGAUAAAGAGGGAGAAGAAAAAUGCUUACGUGUUACAUCUGAGGGUGAUAAAAGUUUAAUUGAUACGGCAGCUGGUAAUGAACAAGUUAAAUUUAUGGAAAAGGAGCCGAAGAAUAAGAAGCAAGAAGAAGAAGAGUCACCGGUGAUACUGGAGGUAGGGAAGCAGAAGACGGAAGAUAGUUUAAUUAUUCGUGAAACUUUACCUCAAGAAUCUCUGAAUGGCACUGUUUUAGAAUCAAUUACGAGUAAUGAUACACUGGGUAGCGAUACUUUAAAGUCAGAUCAGGUGGUAAUUGGUAAUUCCAAACGUAAUAAGAAAAAGCGCUCACUGGAGAUUGCUGAAACUAAAAACAAACGCAAAUCGGUGGAAGAAGAUGAAAUUGAGUGCAACCGUAUCGAAGAAGAUUUGUGCUUGGCAGAUAUUAUGAAGUUAAUAAAUAAUGCUAAGCGUGAAUCUUCUUGUGAGGUCCCCAAUGAAAUUGAUGAAGAAAUACGCCCUGGUAAGAGAAAAAGUAUCGAUUAUAAAAUAAAGGGUAACGAUAAUGAUGAACGGCAGGGAAAAGUUUUGAGUAAGGGAGAUGAAAGUUCGGAAAAAAGUGAGCUUAUUAAUGCUAACAAAAAGACUAAGCUCUGUGAUGAAGAGAAGGAUGCCAAAAUAAUGGGUGAUGGUGAGAAUAUUAAAGCGGGUUGUGAUAUAAAUAAUUUACAAGUUCAACAGCUAGAGAAGGUAGAGGAUAAAAUUAUUAUUGACAGUCCUAAAGUUUGUGAUUCAACGGUAAAGUCAAGUCCCAAACGUAAAACUAAGUCCAAAGAUUUUAUUAGCGAUAAUAAAUUUAAUUGUGAACAAGUUGCAUUUAAAGACUCUGUACAUAAAUUAAGUGACACGUCGAUUACUGAAACUACUUGUACUUCUACUUCCUCUUAUACUUCUACUUCUAAUUCUAUUUCCAAUUCUUCCUCGGCUUCUAUAUCUACCGAUAUAAAUAAUUCAAAUAAAGUUGAAAGUUCAACCGAUAUUUCAUCAAGAAUUGAUGAGACUAUCUUAUACGUUAGCAAAGCGGAAGAUAUUAAAAUAGAUGAGACCCCAGUAGCCGUUAAAUCGAAAAAAAAACGUGGCAGAAAAAAGUUAUUAACGAAAGAACACUUGCAGUUACCCGAAGAUCAAUCUACUGAAGAUAUUAAUACCUCUGUUUUUAAGCAACCAAACCAAGCAGAAUCUUCAGUUUCAGAAGAGUCGUUUAAAAUUCCUGAAGAAAUUUCGCAAGCCAAAACUCGCUCAAAGAAGAAAUUACUUAAUGAGUCGUCAGAAGAUAAAACAGUCACUCCAAAUUCGCGUAAAAAGUCCAAAGAACGCCGUGAAGAGUCUGGAUCUGACUCAGGAAAUCAGGAAAAAUUGACUCCCGAACCGCGACCACGGGGCCGAAGACCCAGAAGGAAACCCAGCGAUGCCGAUGUGACGUUCCAAAUUACCCCGGCAAAAGAUUCUAAACCGAAUGAUGAGCCAGAGAAUGCAAAUGAUACUCUUAUUGAACGACGCAAGACUCUGAAAAGAAAAGCGAAGGAAAAUGUAUUCUUGAUCGAAGAUUUGCUUGAUUUUGGUGAUGAUCUGGACAGUGACUCUGAGUCUGUAGUUAGGAUUAAAGAUAAAAUUCCUGAGAAUGAAAGUAAUUUGGAGGUCAGUAAGGUGUCGGAUAAAGUUGAAGUUGGGGAAGAAAACAAUUCAGAAGAAGUUGUUGGUAAGCCUGAUGCUAAAAUUGUGUCUCAGCCUGAAGACAAUCAGAUUCCAAAGGCAGAAGUGGAGGCGAAUAGCGGUGAAGAAAAGGCGACUGUUGAAAAUCAAGUUGAGGAUAGUUUGAAUCCAAAGAAACGUAUCACGGGUAAUUUUGCAGUGGUUCAUACCAAAUCUGGAGAAAUUCUUAUUGUGGAGAAGAAGAAAAAAUUCACAAAAGAAGCUGCUAGAUUUUUCUGCGACAUUUGUGCAACUAGCUUCACGCGAAAGAGCUCUUUGAAGAAACAUAAUCUUUCGCAGUCGCAUUUGAUACAAGUAAGCAAAAUUGGAGGCAUUGAUCAAGACAAUAGUGUUAAUCAACAGCCAGAGGAAUCGAUGUCUCAUGACGACGCCACAGUCUCCUCUAUCGAUCGUAGCGAAAUACUAGCUGCGAGUUGUGAAGCUCCGGCUUUGAUUUCUACUCAAAGUUCGGCUGCGCAGGAAACUAAAGAUAAGGAUGAAGAGGCGGAAAAAAUAUGUAAUACCGAUGGGGUGCAAAAGGGUGAUAAACUUGAGGAAUCGUUACCCGAAAAAUCGAUACCUUUGGGUGAAGCUAAAAAGGAUUUGGCCGAAAGUAAUAUUCAAGAUACCGGUGAAGUGAAUCCUCAAUUACAAACGACAGAUCCCGAGGACGAGCUGCUGGAUGAAGAGAUUUCGAAAAUAACUGAAAACAUGACUCACGAUGAGUACGUGCUGACAGAUCAAAUAAGUCCACUGCCAGACGGGACUUCAACGCCUUUGAAACAGCCCGGAGACUCGCUCUCAGAUGUCCAGCGAAAAAUAAAUCUCGCGGAUGAGCAUUUGGAUUUGGAUUCCCCGCCUCUGGCUGAUAAAAUAAAAAAUCAGAAACAGUCAGCCGGCUUGAAUUCGGUGUUUAAUAAUGUAAUUAAUAAUUUAACAGAUAAACAGUCGUUUAAUAAUAAAUUUGAGGACAAUAAUGUUGACUGUAAUUUAAUUACGGGACAAAAUAACAGCAAUGAAUUAUUAAGUAAAGUUAAUUUAUUGUCUUCAACUGUACUGACAUCUUCUCAGUUGUUGAUGAGCGACUCAAAAAUAAGCUUAGACUUUUCAAAUAUCACCGAGAAAUUAAAGAGCAAUGAGUUUAUUAAAAAUAAUAAAAAUUCAACUCUGAUUGAAUUCGAUAGCGAUGAAGAUUCACGUAAAAGUGUAUCACGUGACAUACAAAAAUUAUUGAACGCGGAACAAUCAAAUUUUGAUGGUGAGGACGAGGACAAUCAAGUUGAUAAAAAUUUAUCUCGAGAUACUUUAAAUAAAAGUGAGGACGUGACUGAAAAGUGGAAGAGGGUGGAAAAUAAAGAAGAAAUAGAGAAAGAAAUGGAUAAGGAAGAGGAAAGAGAAAAGGAGUUGGAAAUUGAAAUAAGUAAAAAUAUUGUUGAUGAUACUGUUAAAGAUAUCAGUUUGGAUUUGAAUAUUAAACUGUCAAAAUCGCGGACGAAGAAAAGUCGGAGCAAUAAAAAAAAGAAAUUCACAGAAGGCAGCAAUAACAGUAGCAGCGGUAGCGAGUAUGACACCGAUAAAAAAGAUAUUGCAGGACAAAAUAAAAGUAAAAUAGUAAAAAGUGUCUUCGGUAGGGCGUUUACUGCCAGUGAGAAGGCCGACAAAGUUAAAGAAGUUCUUGAUGACUGGGUUUCCAAGUCAGACAGCGACUCCCACGAUGACCAGAGCAACUGGCGCAACUGGAAGUCUGAUAGUAAGAAAAGUCGGACAGAUAAAUCUGCCGGAAAGAUUAAAAAUGGGCCGAGUAAAAAGAUUGAUCCGUCGGUUCCGGCGGCUGUUGCCGGGUUGGAAGGCAAAUCCACGUCGUCAUUAGCCUCUGAUCUUCCCCAGAAUGAGUUUUCGAAUUCUAGGUGUCGGCAGAGCAAGAAACGGGCUGAAGAACGGAUCUCCAGGGCGUUCGAGGAAGAAUCAAUACCUUAUGAAUUGGCGUAUGAAAUUAGCAAGCAGGCCAAUAAUUCCUGCAAAACUUUAAAAGACAAAGAAAGGGAGAAGGAUAAUAAAGAUUGUAAAAAUGUUUAUGACUUUGUUGACGAGUCAAUAAAGUCUCCCGAUAAAUUAAAUCUUAAACUAAAUUUAAAUCUAAGUAUUAAUAAUAAGAGUAAAGACGAGUUGUUUACAAAUAAAUUAUUAAAUGUCGAUAAAGUUGGUGAUAAAAGUGAUGAUUUAACGUCGAUAAAUAAUGAAGGUAGCUUAAAGGAUUUAAAUAAUGACAAUAUUAUAAAUAAACCUGAUGAAUUUUUGUUCCACGAUACUAAUUCAUUGGAAUCGAUUCAUACGCGAGUACCGAGUUGCCCGCGCGAGCGUUCUUCCACCCCAGAUAUGGUGUCACUCACAACACGUGACUCGGAAAAUGAUAUUGAAGCCCCUACUGAUAAUGAUAAUGAUAAUUAUAAUUAUAAUUAUAAUGAUAAUGAUAAUAAUGACAAUGAUGAUGAUAAUAACGAAGAAGAAGAAGAAGAAGAAAAUAUUGUCUGUGGCCGUCUGUCACCUUCUUACGCGAGUAAUUUGCCCGAUAGCUCCCAAGACAGCGCAACAACAAAUAGCAAUGAUGAUAAAAGUGUUAAAGACAAUGAAGAUGAAGAUAACGACAAUUACAAUGAUAAUGAUAAUGAAAACGAUGAUGAGGAAAGUAUUAAAAUAAACAGACGGUGUUCAAGCGAGUUUUCUGGGGAGAAAAUAAUAAUUCGGUCAACCUCCAAUGAGGAAAGUAGAUCGGGUGUGGUCACUAUUGCACCAACCGACGCUAUUGAAGACAACGCGCUGGAUGUUCCACCUCUGGAGACUCAGGAACUCGGUGAAAAAUCCUCCAGAGAGGGAAAAGUCCUGAAUUUUGAUGAGGAAUUAUUUGUCGAAUGCUGCUCGAGAUUGAAAGCCACCACGGAAAAUGAGCUGAGAGGCGCCAAAAAAAUUAAAUUAGACCACACGGACAAUUACGGCAGGGAUGAACACCGGGAUAGUAGAAACCGCGCGCCUUGGAAAGAUAUUGAGAGCCAGAAUAGUCUGGGUAGUCUUCUCGAGUCUGUUAACCAGUUACUUGGUGAGGAGAUGUACAAUAAUCGCACAAACGAUUAUCAAAAGCGUAGCAGAAGUUUGCGCAGCAGCGAGAGACUCAGCCCAGUCUCAGAAGUUCAAACAGACUUUAUACGACCGGAAAAUCUCAGUUAUGAAGACAGCUUGGACGUUGCUUUUGAGCACAACAACAAACUGAGGGAUAAAAUACAGCAGCGAAUGCGGGAAAGUGAAAACUUAAUUGCCACUACUUUUUCUCACAAAAACGAUUUUAGUUAUAAUAGUAAUGAUGAUCGUCGACAUCACCAUCACCACCAUCACCGCAAUCAUCACCAUCGACACAAUCAUCAUCGAAAAGAUAAAAGUUACGACAAUUCCAAUAACUCUGAGUCUUUUAUUGACGGAAACGAUAAUAGUAACGCUAAAUCCAUCACCGGAGAAUCUUUGGCUAUUAAAAAUAAAAUCGAAUCUAAUUUUGAUGGCUUAUUGGACAAAGCUUUUCAUAAUGGUUCGACUCCGAUGAACGUAUUGGCAGAAUUAGCAUGCGCACAAGUACCAACAUCAACAAUAUCAGAUGUUAAAGUAAACCGAGAGAAAUUAUCCAAGAUAAAAAGUUUAUCGCCGUCAAAUGAUAACGAUUGGACAACUUUACAAAGUAAUGAUAAACUUGGAAAAGAUCAACUAAAGAAAAGUCAAAGGAGCACAAUUAAAGAACUUUUUGAACGGAAAAAUGAACUUAAUGAAAAGAAGCAUCAUCAUCAUUAUCAUCACCAUCACCAUCACCAUCAUCAAGAAAAAUCGAGUCAUUCUAAUUUACAAGCCAACUCGUUUGGAUUUAAACAGCAUAAUAAAACCAGAAAGAUAAAACGUCUAGAGGACGAGUAUCAUCCAUUAAUUCGUAAAAGUCCCUUUGGUAUCGGGAUGCAAGAGCGCAAGAAACGACGCGGAGAUAAAAAACGUGGCGAUAUACAGAACAAAGUUAAAGACAUUUAUGAGUUUGACGACGAGGAAAGUCAAACUGAGUCGAGUUUUAAUUCAACUUUACCGCUUUACAGAAAUAGAACUGAGAAAGAAAAACAUCAAGAAAUAAAUUUCGUUAAAACUAAAGAGAUUAACAUCGGAGAUCUGGUGUCCAAGACCGUCACCAAAUCACUGGACGCUGACAAGCCAUCUAGUUUCGAUGAAUUACUCGAUAAUAUGGUUAAUAUAAAGGAAAACAAGUAUAAAGAAAUAGAAUCGUCUAUUCUCAAAACAAAGGGUGCUUUGAAAUCGUUUAAUCUCGAAGAAAAACAACAGCAGAAGCAACAGCAAUCUGUCACCGGGCCUAUGGACAACUUCGUGGAACGUAAGCGAUCAAAACGAACUAGUGAGUCAACAGCGAAACACAAGUCAAAAAAACGAAGUAAAAAUUCAAAGAAACGAUCACGUAAUGCCUGGUAUGAGGAUGACAGCUCUGAUGAAUUCGUGACCGCGAUAAAAACUGCCGAUAUUGGGGUUGGAAUAUCUAAAAGCCAAAGAACGUGCUCUAAAGGCAAGCAAAAUUUGUUCGCCGAGAUGUCUACUUCCUCAGACAGUGAGUUCGAGGGCAAAGAUGCCCUCAAAACUCUGUUCCAAAAUGAGCUGCCGGAUGGACGAGCUUCUCCCAAGCCUGACGAGGAGUUUAACAAGUCUAAUGAAGAAGCUGAGGGUGAUUGGAUUAAUGCCGGAAACUCACCGGCAGAGAGCAGACAUGAGUUUGAUAGCAAAAAGAAUGUUUCUGAGUCAGAUAUGUCCGAUCGCCCGCUGAUUAUCGAUGAGCGGAAGGAAAGCGAACACGAUGAUAUCAGUGUUAAUGGCAAUGAUGUUGAUGAGGUUAAUAUACAUAAUCAUAAUGAUAAUGAUGAUGAUGAUGAUGAUGAUGAUGAUGAUGAUGAUGGUGAUGAAACAGACAAUCGGUCAGAGCCAGCUUUUGAAUUAGAUGAUUUAUACCGUGAAGAUAGUUCCGUUAUCGCUUCUGAUUCAGAUGAUAAUGACAAUGACAACAAAGAUGAUAAAAAUGGUAACAUUGAAAAAAAUGAUUUUAAUGAUGAUAAUGAAAAAGAAAAAGAUGAAUUGAUUCCGUUAGAAACAGCUCUUGACUUAUUAGACAGUGAUAAUGUUGAAAAAAUUUUCAAUGAAUCUAUUGUACGGUCAAGAUCUAGAUCAGUUUCUCCAGAUGAUAAAGUAAAUGAUGAAGAAAUAGAAAGCAAAUUAUCCAAUAUCAAUGAUGAGUGUAAUAUUGAUGAUGACAAUGAUCAUGUUAAGGAUGAUGAUGAUGAUGAUGAUGAUGAUGAUGACGAUGAUGAAGAUGAUAAUGAUGUCGGAGAUGACUUACCAGAAAAAUUAAGAACUAAUGAAAAGCCAGCAGAAAAAGCGUCGGACAAUUUGCCGCUGCACGUGUUUCUAAGCAGAAAAGUCCAGGAAUCAAAGAAACGUAAAGAAGAGCAGUUAAAGAGAUUAAAAAAGCAAGAAGAGGAAGAAGAGGAGAAUGAGGAGAAUGAGCGUGGGGGCUUGCCGAUCAAUAUGGAAUUCCAAUCAACGCGGAGACAAAGAAAGUGUGCUAUUGGUAAACAAGGUUUGUUGGCUGAAAUAAGUAGCUCUGACGAAGAAUACUAUUUCAAGGAGGCGGGGAAGCGCGGUACCGGUGAUAAAAUAGAUAACACCGGGUGUGAUAAAUCCAGGCGACAGAAGCGCGAGUCCAAGGAGAAGAAAAAGGAGCGGUACAUUGAGAAGAAACAUGAGCAGAUGAUUGCCAAAGAACAGAAAGCUAUUGAGGAGGAAAUUUUACGUGAGCUUGAAUUAAAACGAGACGCUAAUAAUAAGGAGGUGGAUAUUGAUAAUGGUAAUGGUGAUGUCGAUGUUGACGCUAGUGGCAAUAAUGGUAAGGACAGCGGGAAGAAAAACUCAGCUAAGGAGGUUGUUAGUGAGAGUGAGAGUACCAAGAAAAAGCAUCGGACGAGCAAAAAGAAUUCUGGUGAUUUAAAAGUUAGUAAAGAUAAAUUCAAUAGUGAUACAGAAAAUAAAUGUGAGAAGACGAUUGAUAAGAAAAGUAAGAGUAAUUUUAGUGCUGGUAAAAAAGAAUCGAUUAGUAAAACUUCUAAUUCAAAUUCAAAUUCAUCUUCCAUUAAUGUAAAUAGUAAUAACGUUAAUAAUAGUAAUAUUAAUGUUAAUAAUGGCAGAAAAUCAGCCGUUAGAACAAGCAAAAAAUCAGGUAAUAAGAAAACUACUAAAACUCACGACUCUUCGCGGACCAACGGCAGUGGAACCGACGACGAAGAACUGAGAACAACCAAGUCCUGGAACAAAGUUGAGGAAGGGGUAGGUGUCGCUAUUGGUAGAAGAAAAAGGGCUGCUGCAAAUCAAUUGUACUACUGGUCCAGCUCCAGCGACGAUGAUGAAGAGUUUAUCCAGCCCUCGAAAACCGUCGAGGAAGAAGACGACCGGCAGGAACAGCACGGUUGGAUCGUGGGAGAUUCUCACAAGAAAAUGAUAACUAUGCUGGCUAUGGAGAAGAAGCUUAAAGAAAAACGACGCAGGAGCGAGGACGACUGCAAUGGAAAAAACAAAACUAAAAAGCACAGAAACAGCACGUCUUGA